AUGGCUUCAUCAACAAGAUACCGCUAUGCCAUCGCAGCCGUCUUCGCCGCUGGGGCUCUGGCAGCUCCGGCUCCCCAGUUCCCACCGCAGUUCAUCCCAUCCAAUCCGCAGAGCCAGGACCAGGGCCAAUUGGCCAGCACGAUCUCUACUAGUUCCGUAUCAACUCCCACUUCGAUUCCCACUCCCGGCGCCUCCCCGAGUUCCAGUGUAAGCUCCAACUCUAGCUCCGAACCGUCUGAAUUCACUGCCAAUCCCUCCGUUGGCGGUGGCGGCGACACCUACACCGACUCCGCGCGCUUUCGCAUCUACGGCGCAACGGGCACUGACGCGGAGAACGCACUACAAAUGCUCGAGUCCGCAUACACCUGCUUUGUGACUGACCUCGGCUGGCGCUCUUCAGGCCUCUCCUACGACUCCAACUCUGAUACAGCGGAGAUAUGGUACAAGGAGAAUGUGUACUCUGUUGCCUCUCUCGACGGCAACGCUGCCGGCGUCAUGGGCUCUGACUAUACAACGGGCUACAGCUACGUACAGGUCGUAAACACGUUCCUCGCAGAUCCGUCCGUUACGGUGCACGAGUACGGCCAUGCACUCACCUACCACGUUCGCAACUGGGUAGACCAGACUAUGACUGGCGCGUGGUGGGAGCCACUGGCGAACUGGUUCGCUGAUACCUGGAUGACGUCUGACCUGUGCGCGAGCGCCAGAGAGCAAUAUAACCAGGAGGCCGGAAGCUCGGUCAUCGAGUUGCAAAAGGUCAUUGGCGACAGCUACCAGGUUAUCGUUGAUGGCUCGACAGAUACGGGCAACUACUACCAGUCCUGGCCGCUGUUCACAUACAUGACCAACAAUCCCGAUAAUUUCACAGGCCUCGGUACCGACUCUGUUCUCCAGCUGAACAAGCAAUAUGAUGUCGGUAGCAAUGAAACGCCGCUCCACACCCUGCAGCGCCUGGUUGGUGCCACGCCUAUCGCAAAGGUUAUUGGGCGGUACUGGGCGCAUAUGGCGUACGUCGAUAUCAGUGAUGCUGCCAAUGAGGUCUUCCUGCAGCAACGGGAGAGUCUGACAUAUGACAACCUCGAGUUAUCCAGCGAUGGGACCUACACUGCAGCAUUCACUGCGACCCUUGCUAUCCGUAGCACGAAUAGCGGGUCGGUUCGGUAUGUUGAUCUGGAGAACGGAAAGGGUGAGGUCAUCGUUGGUGAGAGCGAGGAGGCGAGUCUGGUUGUGGUGAAUACCCCUGAAGAACUCAUCCAGUAUAACCCCUUUGAGUUGUCUAGUGAGAAUACAGCUCAACCAGAUGACUACGACGAUCACCCAGUUCACGACGAACAACAUGGUCGACGACUGGCAGAACUGAUAUUACUACUGCCACUACUAGAAGACCCAGGGAAUAAGCCUCGCCGUCGACUGAUGGUACUCUACCCACUCCUCGCCGAAGGACUUCCUGAGCAGUUCCUCCUCUUGUUGAAUCCUUUUGGGAAUAACCAAAAUAACCAGCAGCAUGUAGUAGACGAUGCUCAAAUAUCCCAGGGACCUUCCGAAUCUGACCAAUCUUGUGGGCUUGGCAAUCGCAAACGUGAAGUUCUGUUGCAGCUGGUGGAAUGCGAGGAAGCGCAGUAUCCCGCCGCAAAGCAAACUUGCUACGAACACAGCGGACUCUGCCGACCAGGAGAGAAGACCAGAACUGUAGCCUGA